UUGAACGAGAGUUGGUGAGAAGCACUCGAAUAGAAAGCAGCGAGCGCGGGACGGACCAACUUUUAUAAUAUGUAACUUCUGUUCCUCCGAAAAAAUAACAUCGGAACACUGUGCGUGUUUCUUCAAAAAAAAUAAUAAAAAAAAACAACAAAAAAUUAUGGCGGAAUCUGGUAUCGACCUGGGCUAUGACCUGUCAGCCUUAAUCUCGGACGAUUUUGAUAUAGAAAGUGCGAUCGAUUUCGAUGAUUUGUUGGGCACUCCGAAAAAUCAAGAAUUUUACGAAUUAACUUCCAAAACAAUACCUGCUACUGAAAGUCCUCCAAACCUAAAAACAGCAACGCCGCUCUCCAGAACGCAGCUGAAACUGCAGCUGAUGCGAGACCAUUCGCUCCUGGAGAAGGAGCGGCAGAUGCAAGCCGAAGCCCAGAGACGACAACAAGAACAACAGAACCAACAGAUACAGAAAACCCCAGCUGCCCGAGUGCCAAUCCACAACCUCCCCCUAGACGUGCCGCCGCAGGUCCUGCAGGUGCAGACUCGCCUGGAAAAUCCGACCCGAUAUCACGUGAUUCAGAAGCAGAAGAGCCAAGUCCGUCAGUACCUGAGCGAGUCGUUCCAGAAUGCCCCGUCCGUGUUCAUGAAUUUCAACAGGCCUCCACAGGGUCCUGAGGUACACAGCGCGCCUAGCGGUCCAGUUUCCACAGUUUUAGCUCCUAGUCCAGAUCCCAUUGCUCUUUCGCCGGCAUUGAGCUCAGGAGCAACGAGCACGUCAGAGGCUGAAGAUCUCAUCGAUGAUCUGCUUUCUCUAGAAUCAGGUUCCUUAGCAUCAGAUAGCUACAAAACAUCAGAUAAUUCUUUAACAGGAAGCAUGAAGAACGAACCAUUUAUAUACAGCGACGCAGAACUACACGCUCUAGCCAAAGAUCGACAAAAGAAAGAUAACCAUAAUAUGAUUGAACGACGAAGGAGAUUCAACAUAAACGACAGAAUAAAAGAAUUAGGUACGCUGCUGCCAAAAAACAAUGACCCUUAUUAUGAAAUAGUGAGAGAUGUAAGACCAAAUAAAGGAACGAUACUGAAAUCUUCCGUUGAAUAUAUUAAAUGCCUAAAAAACGAAAUACAAAGACUUAAACAAGCCGAAGCGAGGCAGAAGCAGACGGAGCAUGUUAAUAGAAGGUUACAACUCAGGGUACAGGAGCUUGAGCGUCAAGCAAAAUCUCAUGGAUUGCCCAUUUCCGAUUUCAGUUGGCAGGGUAUAACUCCAACAGGUGCACCACCCUAUAAUACCUACAAUACGCAGAUGCCCUUCGCAACACCUCCCACGUUAGGAACGAAUCAUGCUGUCAUACCCAUGAUGAUAUCUGAUCCUGUGAAAAAGAUGCCCGAUAUCAUAACCGAAGCCACCCUCAGCCUUCAAACGAUGAACGACUUGAUGGAUGACGAUGAAUCUGUCAACGGGGUGAACAAUGACCCAAUGCUUUCUGAGCCUUUGCUAGCUUCUUCUCCUGCACACCCUGGUCAUUCAGACAAUUUGCUAUGCGAGCCUUGCGAGCCAAGGCUACCAACCCCUUGUAGCCAUAUGGACCCUGUAGAAGGGGACACCCUAGACAUAGAUAUGAUAGCGUGACAAAGUCGCUAUGUUACCAGUGCUUUAUAUUCUUGUUGAAACGUACAACGUAGGCAAUUAUGUGCCCCUAGUGAUAGCAUGUAGUGAACCGUUGGCAUUAAGUUUGGAGAUUUCUCCGGAAAUUUGUCAGAAUUCUUCGAAUUUUGGUGAGGAAGAUAUUGUGUAGAACACUACGUAGAUCAAUUAUUUUCAGUUGAAAACAACCCAGGUCGUUUUGGAGAAAAAUGAUUUUUUUGGAUAGACCGAUGAGAUUUAAAGUGGUACAGAAAACUCAAAUCCAUUAUUGAAUAAGUUAUAGCUGGGAAACGUACUAUUGAGUCUAAGAAUUCUCUUGUCUUAUUCUUGCAUCUGAGAAUAAUGUUCUGCAUCGGAUAUCUUUUCGCGAUAAAACUUUUGAACAUAAAAAUCCCUGAAACAUUGCAACUGAUGUUCAGAAACAAGGUAGAAAAGUCUGAUUUGAACAGUUAAUUGGUUGUAUAGCGUUUAGUUAAUUUUCUAGCAGGACAUGCAAAAAAGCUUACGUGUCAUUUGACCGAUUUUUACACGCGUUAUGAAUAACGUUCGAUCUCCUUAAUCCUCAAAUCUUUCGUAAUUAAACAGUAUUUUCGUUUUUUAACUAAGAUCUCUAAUAAAAAUACGAUGAAAUUCUGCAAACACCUGACCUCACCAACGAGAAAGUGACUCCUGAUUGUCAAAUAGUAUUUUGGAAAUGUUUUAAUUUUCUGAACUAGCUGUAAAGUUUAUUUCAUUGAUAUUUAAUUGUAUGUAUUGCCUGUGAGUAUAUUUGACGUAGUGAUCAAAUGAAUUGAAAACAAUUAUUGUUAGUGGAAAAUUUUGCAAUCAUUCAUCAUAAUAAAUAGUUUUAGAGUUUGUGAUGCAACAAGUGAUUAUUAGCGAUAAAUAUAUGUAAGAGUUUUCAA